AUGCAGCUGACCGCAAGAAUCGAGGAGGUGGAACAACUUAAGCAGCGUAACGCGGAGUUGAGCGACCGCUCCAAAACCUUAAGUGAACAGCUGGCCGAGUUCAGACGCCGUACUGGUUCCCUUCGCGAAGACGAGGAAAACAGCGAUGGAGAAUUUGGGGUACGCGCCACCACCGGCUAUAACCUUGAUUUCGGCAACUAUACUCCCUCUAUAAGUAUAGCCAGACAGGAAAGUGAAACCGCUGUACCCGAAAACGGUGCUUUUUCACCAACCAGUCACCAGUUCGAAAUUCGCAAGCUGAAUGACGAAAUCCGGCAACUGCAGGAAGAAUGCCAGCACUGGAAAAAUCUGUCAAAGAUAUCACCUCCUCUAAACGACGAUGUCAAAGAGAAUGAGAUCGCCAGUUUGAAGGCCGAAAUUAAAGUAAUAUUUUGUUCAGAAGUUUCAAUAUACAGCGAAGGCAGUAGGCUACUUUUAACGGGUUAUUUUUUCUCUCUGUUAUGUCUCAGUUGUAAUUUACGCUCGCAUUUCUGGUACUGUUCUGACAGUAGAAUACAGACAUGAAA